AUGCGGUUGAAAUGGGACCAAGGAGUCGCCAGUCGAGGCAAGCUUACUGGGAGGUCACUGCCCAUGUGCGAUGCUCCAUUGGUGCCAAAACCAUCCUAUGAGGAUCGGUUGACAGCGCCAUCAUAUAGUCUCUACUUAUCAGGACCGCGGUCUCCCGAAUCGUUACGAUUGUUCGCCUGGUUCAGAGAGAAUGUGGCACAUAGGCUGGCGUGGAUCAAUGGACCACAGAACCCUUGGCGUCAGCUUAUUCUUCCUCUCGCUGAAAGUUCGGAGACCAUUUUCUUUUCUAUCCUCGCCCUGGCGGCGCAUGAUCUGGCCUCUCAAUACCCGGUGAAUGAUCCCUGGUAUGAACGGUUCAGAAAUAUCUCAGAUACUCACUUAAAUAAUGCCCUGGCUCUUUUGGCACAGGAGUUGGGGAACCUGUCUUGCUUGUCCUCCUCCCAGACUGGUUCAACCACAACCUUUUCUCUGACUUUGGGAUCUGUGUUAAUACUCUGCAACAGCGAUCUGCUGAAGGCGCAAACAUCAGAGUGGCGUAUUCAUCUGCUUGCGGCCCGCGAGAUCAUCUCAGCUGGAGCCAAUCACUCGAGCCUUCAGCAUCCGCUCUUCCGCGUCCAAAGAUUUCUCCUACAAGAGUUCUAUUCAACUUCCGUGUGGACACACCUGACGACUUUCAGCCAAGUUGACGAUAUCUUAGUGGAUGCGCCUACCAGUAACGAAGAUGCUGUGCUGGCGGACUUCGUUCGCAUCAUCCAUCACAUCACCAAAAUAGAGCGCGUCAAGAGCCGUUCUCGGGCUUCGAAUCUGGCCCCACCGGCGGCUUUUGAGGUUCAAACUAUCUAUGCACAGAUCGAGUCGGCCAAGUCCCACUCCUUGUGCGUCAACCAAACCAUCGAAUAUUGGUCAGAUUCUGAACGCGGAGACUUUCAGCUGGUCGUGUGGAUGUACUACUAUGCUACGCUGAUCUACGGCACCCAAGCACUCUCAGAACUAUCAACAACUGAAAAAGAUAAAAAUGAUGCUUGCGGCCACAUCCUAGAUUACCUACAGCGGCUAUUCCAGACUCCGAACGGAUUACGUUUUACCCAGGAUCUCAUCUGGCCGCUCUUCAUUGCCGGCACAGAGCUCCGUGGUGAUCGAGCGGCCCAGAAGAUCAUCGAGAAUGGCUUCAAGACUGUGAUACAUAUCAGCCGGACAUUAGAUAGGUCCCGUGUUCUGUCUUUCUUGAAGUCUUGGUGGAACUUGGCUGGAGAUGAUUUCGUAUCUUGGAUUGACUUUGCCAGAGGACGACCAUCCCAGUGUAAUUUCCUCAUAGUUUAA